AACUCCACCAGCACCAAACCAAAUCCCGACUUAAACAAUUUGGCUCAACAGUUGCUGCGACUGGCAAUCCUGGUAAGGAGAGAGAGAGAGAGAGAGAGAGGAGUGGAAGAACAAUGUAUCCUCGAUUCGUAUCGCUGGCUCGAUGCCUCAAAUCCUCCCAAUCACUGCCCCAAAUCCACCACCUCCACGUCCACCAAAUUUCUCUACCUCUUUCUUUUGUAACCACAAACUCUCUGCGUUCCUUCUCGUCUACUUCUUCUUCUUCAUCCUCUCCUUCUGUGCAGACUCCGAAACCCGAAUUUCCACAAACCCUAGCUGGAUUGAGAGAACGCCUUGCAGUCGAAUCUCCAUCGCUCUCUGACUUCAUCCAUCUUCAAGAGAAUGAUGAGUACUCUGUCGAGGUUGGAACAAAGAAGAAUCCCCUUCCUAAGCCCAAAUGGAUGAAGGAAUCGAUUCCUGGCGGGUCGAAGUAUGCUAAGAUAAAGAAAAAGCUCAGGGAAUUGAAGCUCCACACCGUAUGUGAAGAGGCUCGGUGUCCUAAUUUGGGUGAGUGUUGGUCAGGUGGAGAGACCGGAACGGCCACCGCGACCAUCAUGAUCCUCGGUGACACUUGCACGCGGGGUUGCAGAUUUUGUAAUGUCAAGACAUCACGUACUCCUCCUCCACCUGACCCAAAUGAACCCUCCAAUGUGGCAGAGGCAAUUGCUUCAUGGGGACUGGAUUAUGUGGUGAUAACUAGUGUUGACCGAGAUGAUUUACCUGAUCAAGGGAGUGGUCAUUUUGCAGAGGCAGUGCAGAAAUUGAAGGCACUAAAGCCCCAUAUGCUAAUAGAAGCUCUUGUUCCUGAUUUCCGAGGAGACCCUGGUUGUGUAGAGAAAGUUGCAAAAUCUGGGUUAGAUGUUUUUGCUCAUAAUAUUGAGACAGUUGAAGAGCUUCAGAGGGCAGUGCGGGAUCAUCGUGCUAAUUUCAACCAAUCCAUUGAGGUUUUAAAAAUGGCGAAAGGUUAUGCACCUUCUGGUACACUUACCAAGACAUCAAUAAUGCUGGGGUGUGGAGAGACACCUGAUCAAGUUGUGAAAACAAUGGAGAAGGUAAGGGCUGCAGGAGUUGAUGUCAUGACAUUUGGUCAGUAUAUGAGACCAUCAAAGCGCCAUAUGCCAGUGUCCGAGUAUGUAACUCCUGAAGCUUUUGAGAAAUAUCGAACCCUAGGCAUGGAAAUGGGAUUUCGAUAUGUGGCUUCUGGACCCAUGGUCAGGUCCUCAUACAAGGCGGGUGAAUUCUACAUCAAAUCCAUGAUUGAAGCAGAUAGAGCAGCAUCUUCCUCGCAGGCUUCAGUCUCCUGAGGGAUAAGGGGUGUAUUAUCCCCUAAACUCAUUAAGAUCUCUGUUUGUCAUUUCUCUUUCCCAUCUAUUCCAUUUGUAUAUGCAAAUCAAUGUGAUUUUAGCUUUUAUUUUGUUUCCUAUUUAUUGAGAAAACAUAACCAUGGGGGAUGGGGCCCUCUUGCAUCUACCCACGUAUCAGUUGUUGAUGUUCAUUAAGCUUCUCAUACAAGUAGAUUGCGCUCUCUUCUUGUUGGUAAUGAUUUUGCAGAUAAAUCUGCCACGUGUAAAAAAAAACCUUGUUAGUCAUCAAUAAUCAUUUGCUUAUUUUUUUGGUCA